AUGAAUGAUAAGGAACAGCAAAAAUUUCAAGAAAGGAUGAACGAAUUUGAUGUACAUAGAAUGUUAAAUAAAUUUAAUAUGAGUAACUACAAUGAGGAUUUUGUGGUUACAAAUAAUAUCUUAAAAUAUCACAUGAAAAGUAUAGAGAUUUAUAACUACGAGAAAAGUAAAAUAUAUGACAAAGAUGAAUUAGAUUUAUAUAAAGAAAAAUUGAUAAAUAAAGAUAAUAUUCAUUACUAUCCAUAUGAGUUAUAUUUUAAUACGUAUAGAAAUAUCUAUAAAGAAGAUAAAGUGCUUUUAAAUUUACCCAACAACGUAAAAAAAACAAAAGAAAAAGAAAAUGAUGAAAAGGAAGAACAAGAUGAUAAGGAGAAGGAAGACAAUGCAUCACAUACUUCUGAAGAAGAACAAGGUUUAGAGGACGAUUAUAAUUUUGACUAUAAUAAAAGUGAAGACGAAUUAGAGAUUGAAGAUAAUGAUGAAAAUGUAAUAUAA